UCUCAGUUGAAGAAUCUGAGCUCCAUGGUGUCGCGUGCUUCCAUGACAACACUGGCGCACAUGUCCACCGACCUGUGGAGGGCCAUGGACGCCAAGGCGGAGUUGGUUGCCUGCAUGCUGCCGCACAAGGCGGGCGAAAGCAACCUCUUCAUCAGGGAGGACAAGGACCUUGCGCUCGGUGCCAUGGUGCAGAGCUGCUCGCCCACUCAGGUCCAGCAGUCUGUGAUGUCAUCCCACGAUAGAUCAGGAAGCAGCUCCCUUCGUCACCAGCUCCCUGACCAGCCCUACCAUUGGCCCGUGGCCUACUCGCUCGGCCAGAGGAAAGCCUGUAUCCUUACCUGUGAGAGGAAGAGGAACACGGAGAGACAUGAGGGAUUCGGACAUUGA